CGUGUUUUAAACUAAACGCGUAACAGAUGCCUGAUUCUGGCCGUCAAAAUCAAGCAUGAACGCGCCCUAAUAUACACGACCAUCUCUCGUUCUACGCUUCAGCUACCGAAUCGUGACCUCUGCACAAUGGCAUGAAUACCCGGUAUACUAAGCACCUAUAAGGAUGACAAUUUCCCAGUGUUACCUGAAUACCCAUUCUUGCUCGACGGAACAUUCAUUUUGUUUGUCCUUCGAGUUCCACUAAUAGGGAUCUCUGUGAGUGUAUCUGACAUACUGUGGCGAAGCUUGAAGCUCUGGCUUUAGAUCAGGAGGUGUUUAGAUCGUAUAAUGUGCGACCCGACCUCGUGAAUUCCGCCCUUACCUGAAGACCUUCCGGACGUUGCCAUGGAUUCUGCUUCAUGGAAUUGGUUCUGUGGGAGUAACGCCUCAACGUCGAAUCAAGAAUGUGUUGUAGACGCCAUCAUCUCAGUCCCACCCGUAACGUUUUCUGUGUUGGCCAUCCUCACCAUUAUCAUCACCCGAUGUUGUUGCGUCAGAGAAAAAGCCACCCCGUACCUCCUCCGAUAUCCCGGGCAUUCCAUAAGAUGGAUAAUGAGCCUAGCGUUUAUCGCCGUGUCUCUCGCUGCAAUCGGCGAAGGCAUACUCAGCGAGGAAUCUUUCCGAAAGGGGGGCGACCAUCCCCACCCUUAUCUGUACCUCAAUGGUGCCUUCCUUCUACUCUCUGGAAUCAUAUCCCUUUCAUAUUACCAUUUCUUGGAGAAGAGACGGACAGAACACUUGUCGUGGUUACUUCUAUUGUUCUGGUCGGUAUCCAUAGUAACCAUGUCAUAUCGCCUGCAUCAUUUUCUCAACGACGAUCUAAUUGGCGAUAGCGGAACGUACAAACUCGACAUCUUUCGAUAUGAUGUUACUAUAGUGUUCUUGGUGAUAUACUGCAUUUUAUUCAUUGUGGAAUUCAACUUUGUUGUCAAAACGAUAUGUUGUUUCGAGUCAUCCAUUGACGCACUCCCUGCUGACUUGAGACAGCAGAAGAUGAAGUAUUUGUCCAAGCAUUCGUCCUUUCUCUCUGAAGUGACGUUCUGGUGGGAGAAUUGGCUUUUCAAGGCUGGUUACAAGAAGAUCAUCGAGGUCGAAGACCUCGGUAGCAUUCCCGAGAUUCACACGUCGACAUACAACCAUGAGAGGUUCAGGAAAGUCUUAGACAGAGAAAAGGAGAAAUGCCGUCAGUCAGGUAAACAGCUCAACAUCUUCAAGGUGAUGUGUAUUACAUACGGCCCGACGAUUGCUUUCGCUGGUCUCCUCAAGAUCAUUGGAGAUCUAUUGUCAUUCAUUGGACCUCUGUCCAUCAGCGGAAUUGUGAAUUUUGUCACCAAUACGUACUAUUUACCUGAAGAUGCUCAGCGUGAGAUUGUUACUCCCCAUUUGGUGACGCCUUCAGAGUUCUUUGCUAACGGUUACAUUCUGGUAGCAGCCGUGUUGGUGUCGUCACUGAUACGUCACACCUGCGAUCAGUUCUACCAAUACAUUGUCUCAGUAGAAGGUCUACAUGUUCGUUCGGCGAUCCAGACGAUGGUGUAUUGGAAAUCGAUGAGGAUGUCAACGUAUGCGAUGUCGGGUGGGAUGAUGACCAUGGGUCAGAUCACCAACCACAUGUCCGUCGAUGCCAACAAUAUCAUGAUGUUCUUCCAGUUAUCAAACGAGAUUUGGGCGGUACCUUUGAAGAUUAUCAUCACUCUGGUUCUUCUUUAUCGUCAGAUGGGCUACCCUGCUCUCAUCGCAUCAAGUCUCUUCUUUCUCUUGAUUCCAAUCCAGAUAAUGAUUGGUGUCACAGUUGCUGGAAUCAUUAAGAAAGUUCUGCAAUGUGCUGACAAAAGAAUGAAACUAUCAAACGAGCUGCUACAGGGUAUUAAGCUUCUGAAAAUCUACGGUUGGGAGAAGUUAUUUUAUGGUCUCAUCAAACAAGCAAGAGAGAAAGAGCUCGCACAGAUCUUCAAGAUGUACAUCGUUAUUACAGUCGAUUUUGUUAUCAACUCCGGGGUCCCCGUUAUCGUCGCGCUGGUGGCCUUCGGAACGUACACCAGCAUCACUGGGAAACCAUUGACCCCCGACAUCGCCUUCACAACCCUCUCACUAUCCAACCAGAUCGUUGUUCCCCUCUUCAUUCUCCCGUUAGUCAUCAAUCUCUUCGUCAACUGCCUCGUCAGCUGCGGACGUCUCAAGACCUACUUCCUCGCUCCGGAGAUCGAGGGCGACGGCGAUGACGAUGGAAAAGAUUUUGAGACCACCAUUCCGAACUCUGACCGGGCACCGCUCCUAGCCAGCACCACAUCCUAUGGAUCUGUGUACUCCAGAGGCAGCAUGAUUACUUCAGUCUAUGAAGAACUUCCUAAUGACGUAGCUAUCAGGGUAACGGAUGGUAAUUUUACAUGGGACCCCAUCGCCUCAACCCCUAUCCUGCACGAUAUAAACGUCGAUAUUCCGAUUGGUAAGCUUACAGUGAUAGUCGGAACUGUUGGAAGCGGGAAAUCAUCUCUCCUGCAGGCGAUAAUGGGGGAAAUGACCACACUUUCCGGAAACGUACAACUCAAUAGAACACACAACGAUAUUGCCUUCGCCGCUCAGAAAGCAUGGCUGGUGAACUCGUCAUUGAAGGACAACGUCUUGUUCGGAGAAAAGCUCAGGGAUUCCAAAUAUCGUAAAGUGAUUGGAGCAUGCGCCCUGAACCCCGAUAUUGACAUGUUACCAGCUGGCGACCAGACGGAGAUCGGUGAGAAGGGUAUCAACUUGAGCGGUGGGCAGAAACAGCGAGUCAGUGUGGCAAGAGCGCUAUACUCUGGUCGAAACAUUGUCAUUCUGGACGACCCACUUUCUGCCCUGGAUGUUCAUGUAGGAGCGCAUCUCUUUGAGCAUGGCAUCUCUAAGAUCCUGAGGAAACAUAACCAGACUGUGAUUUUAGUAACUCAUCAGCUCCAGUAUCUACCAGAGGCAGAUCAGAUCAUAGUCAUGAAGGACGGUCGGAUCGUAACCAUCGGCUCACCAGAAGAUGUGGCCAUCACCGAUCCCUCCCUGUGUUCGGAGUGGCAAAAAGCUGUAACCAUCUUCAGCGAGUCAGAGGCUGAGUCUGAGGCCGAGUCAGAAGGAUUAUUGGACGAGAGGAAGGCACUCAGACGUCAGGUAGCCCGUUCGAUAUCGGGAGGCCAUGCGGAUAAGUGUCCUGAAGAAAAUGAAAAGGGGCGUCUGAUAGCAAAGGAGGAGAAGGAGAAGGGCUCCGUUUCGUAUGGGAUGUAUCUCCAUUACUUCAAGGCUAUGGGAUACGGUCUGGCACUCUUUGUUUUAUUCACCGUGGUGACGAGAUCAGCCAUUCAGAUUUCAACACACUUCUGGCUUUCUUCCUGGUCUCAAUAUGACCUCAACUCGACAGGGAAUGCAAUCGACAAGUCAUCAUAUUGGAUCGGUGGUUAUGCUGGUCUUUCUCUCAGUACGAUGUUUUUCACUUCGGUCUCUAUAUUCUUCAUUGCCUACGGAGCCUUGCAAGCCUCAAGGAACCUCCACUAUGCUCUACUUGAUAACAUCAUCCACUUACCAAUGAGGUUCUUCGGUACAACGCCCAUCGGCAGAAUUCUCAACCGUUUCUCAAGUGAUACCCAACUUAUUGAUCAGCGUUUAGUACAUACACUUUGUCUCCUCAUCAACCUCGCAGCCGGCAUCGUCAGCUCCCUGAUCGUUCAGGUAGUCGUCGUCUGGUACUUCGUCUUCUUCUUCAUUCAGAUAUCCUUCAUUUUUAUCUUUCUGCUGAUGUACUACAUAGCAACUUCAAGGGAGUUGCAGCGGGCAGAGAGUGUCUCUCGCUCCCCGGUCUUUGCCCACUUCUCAGAAACCCUAGGCGGUCUGUCCACGAUAAGAGCAUACAAGGAUGAGAAAAGGUUCUUCAAGACAAUAAUGGAGCGCAUCAACGUCAACAAUACCGUCUUCCUCUAUCUCCUCACAUCGAUGAGAUGGGUCGCUCUCAGACUGGAUUAUCUUGGUGAUUUCGUGGUAUUUUCAGCGAGUUUGUGCGUCUUGCUCGGAGCUGCCUAUUUGGGUAUUGACGCUAGUGUUGUCGGUCUGGCUAUUACAUAUUCAUUAGAGGUUUCACUGUAUAUGAACUUUGUAGUUCUUCAGUACUCAGAUCUGGAGCUGCAGAUGAACGCAGUAGAACGUCUUCGUUUCUACGCGGAGGUACCAACUGAAGAUUAUGAUGGUCUUGAGCCCCCUCCUGAUUGGCCGGCUCGUGGUGAGAUUCAAUUUGAUGAUAUCAGUGUGAGAUAUUCACCCGACCUAAAUCCAGUAUUACGUGAAGUGUCACUCAACGUAUGCUCUCAGGAAAAGAUUGGCAUCUGCGGCCGAACAGGGAGCGGCAAAUCGUCACUGACACUAGCUCUGUUCCGUAUGAUAGAUACAUUCAAGGGUAGAAUUUUAAUUGACGGUAUUGAUAUUGCUGCAGUUCCGCUCCGUACGCUCCGUCAACGACUCUCCAUCAUCCCCCAAGAUGCCAUCCUCUUCACGGGAACCAUCAGGUACAACCUGGACCCGAUUGGUACAAAAACGGACAAGGAAUUAUGGGAAGCGCUCGAUGUAGCUCAGCUGAGGGAAGUCGUUUCCAAUAUUGAUGCAGGAUUGGAUUAUGAAGUGACCGAAGGAGGAGAAAACUUCAGUGUUGGUCAGCGUCAGCUCUUCUGCCUCGCCAGAGCUUUUCUCAGACAUUCAAAGAUUAUUGUCAUGGAUGAGGCGACCGCUUCCAUCGACCAAGAAACGGAUUUGAUUCUGCAAGACGUAGUGGCUGAAAUCUUCCAGGACAGGACAGUUCUAACCAUUGCACAUCGUGUGGCGACGAUAUUGAACUCAGAUGCGAUCUUGACGCUGAGUGACGGUCGUGUGGCAGAAUUCGAUACACCAGACGAUCUCCUACAGCGAGAUGACAGCAUUUUCGCUUCGCUCAUGAAGGCGGGAAAGUAAUUUAAGGGAAGUUGAAGUUGUAGGCUUGCAAUAUUUCACAUAGUUCAUCCUUUCUUUAAAGUAUGAAUUACUGUGUGAAUUUGAUUAUACGCCUUAAAGGAAAAAUAACAACAUAUUCUUAAAGAAAGCAGAGAAAGCAGAGAAAGCAGAGAAAGCAGAGAAGGAGAUUGAUAAAAAUUUGACCUAAA